AUGGCUUAUGUGAUACAGUUAUCCUAUUUAGUUAUCUGCUUCAAAAUUAAUGUGAAGCACACAUCAUGCUCUUUAAUCAAUAUAUCGCCUUUAGAUAACUCUGAUAAUGCUGAGAGUGUGACCAAAUGUCUCGUAAAAUCAUUGGGUAGAAGGAAAUACUUGGACCUUUUGUUCGGAGAUUCCUGUAUCUACUUUCAGCCGCAUUUUAUGAAAGAGACUUGUCUUUCAGACAUCACUUCAUCCAUCAAGCGUUUCACUGAAGAACUCCCCGCUACCUUUGGUGGAUAUCAAAAUAAAUGGCGUCAUCUAGAUGGAAAAGUUAUCGAAAGGUUGGAUUAUCUCUCUGACUUAUUUGAUACACCAUCUCUGAGCUGCAAACCGAAUAUGAAACGCCUUGUCAACUUACUAAUUACAGCAAUACAACCUGAUAUAUUAGGACCAGUUUCACGGUCAAAGUUAAUCCAGCUGAAAAGGAAGUCAUUGCAGCAUGAACAGCCGUGUUACAAACAUCGGCAGCAACAUCGUCAAAAGGGAAGUAUCUCGAAACAAACAAAACGUCUAACAUAUCAUAGUGGAAAACUAAAUGAUUCUAGUAAUCCGCAUGGAAGACAAAUAAGUUUGGCUGGAAAUCAAUAUUUGGAUGAAAAUUCGGAUAAAUAUGAAGAAGCAGAAGAAUUAUAUAAAUGGAGUCAAUGCCUUCCUCAAUUGUAG